AUGGAUAACAUAAUAAGAGCUCCAUUCAGAGGCAUUGUCAAAGACUUCAAAGGCCGGAAAAAUUGCUACAAACAAGAUUGGAGUGCCGGGAUUUCUUCCGGUUUCAGGAUUUUGGCUCCCACCACUUUCAUCUUCUUCACCUCUGCUCUUCCCGCCAUUGCUUUUGGUGAACAACUGAGCAAAGAAACAGAUGGAAUUCUGACGCCGGUGAGUACUUUGGUUUCAACGGCCGUAUGUGGAAUAAUACAUUCAGUAAUAGGAGGACAGCCUCUUCUGAUUUUGGGUGUUGCAGAGCCCACCGUUAUUAUGUACUCUUACCUGUACUCUUUUUCUAAACGGAGAAAUAAUCUCGGACCAGGCCUCUUCUUGGCUUGGACUGGUUGGGUUUGUGUCUGGACAGCUCUGUUUCUCUUCCUUCUUGCAAUAUUCAACGCAUGCAUAAUCAUUAACAAGUUUACGAGGAUUGCAGGGGAGCUUUUCGGCAUGUUGAUCGCUCUUUUUUUUAUUCAGCAGGCUGUCAAGGGGAUGAUUAGUGAGUUUAAAGUCCCUCAUCAAACCAAAAACCCAACAUCAGAAAAGUAUGAAUUCCAGUGGCUUUAUUUAAAUGGAAUCCUUGGUAUACUAUUUACCUUUGGACUUACCCUCACCGCUUUAAAGAGCAGAAGAGCAAGAUCAUGGCAAUACGGCACAGGAUGGUUCCGAAGCUUCAUUGCAGAAUAUGGAGUUCCAUUGAUGGUAUUGAUAUGGUCAGCAUUGUCGUUCAGUGUACCUGACAGAGUUCCAUCUGGGGUACCUAGGAGGCUUGAAAGUCCUCUUCCAUGGGACUUUGUAUCAAUGGAGCAUUGGACUGUCACCAAGGAUAUGGUGAAAGUUCCAACACGAUACAUAUUUGCAGCAGUUGUACCAGCAUUGAUGACUGCUGGUCUUUAUUUCUUUGACCACAGCGUUUCUUCUCAAAUGGCACAACAGAAGGAAUUCAAUCUCAAGAAUCCAUCGUCCUACCAUUACGACAUUCUAAUUCUCGGUUUUAUGACUUUGAUUUGCGGAUUGCUCGGACUCCCUCCUUCCAACGGCCUUCUUCCACAAUCUCCAAUGCACACCAAGAGUCUUGCUAUUCUCAAAAGACAGUUGAUCAGAAAGAAACUGGUAGAGAGUGCCAAAGAAAGCAUGAAGCAGAAAGCUAGCAGCUCUGAAAUGUAUGGAAGAUUGCAGACAGUUUUCAUAGAAAUGGACACAAAUGCUGCUCCAAAAGUAGGAAAUGAGCUGAAGAAGCUAAAGGAUGCGGUGAUGAACGAAGAUGGAAGAAUGAGAAAUGGUAUAUUUGAUCCUGAAAACCACAUUGACCCCUAUUUGCCUGUCCGGGUUAACGAGCAAAGGCUUAGCAACCUCUUACAGUCCCUUCUUGUUGGAGCAUCUUUACUUGCAUUGCCUGUGUUGUAUAAAAUUCCAACAUCGGUUCUAUGGGGAUAUUUUGCAUAUAUGGCCAUUGACAGCCUUCCUGGAAACCAAUUCUGGGAAAGAUUGUUGCUUCUCUUCACUGCUCCUGGACGGCGCUACAAAGUAUUGGAAGGAGCACAUCCUUCUUUUGUAGAAUCAGUGCCAUUCAAACACAUAGUUUCUUUUACGCUGUUCCAAUUGGCGUAUCUUGUGGCUUGCUUCUUGAUAACAUGGAUUCCCAUUGCUGGAAUUCUUUUUCCUUUGCCAUUGUUUUUUCUGGUAAUCAUCCGACGACGUAUCCUCCCCAACCUGUAUGAUCCAUUCCACCUUAAUGAGUUGGAUGGUGUGGAGUAUGAGGAAAUUGUUGGAGUUGCAAGAGGCAGUUUACGCCUCUCAUUCAAGAUGAUGGAGUACAAUCAAUCUGUAUGUGAAGAAAUUGAGAUAGAAAUUUGUGGUGAUGAGAUAUUGGACGAGUUGACCACCAACAGAGGAGAGUUAAAGCUUAUAUCAAAAAGCUUUAGAGAUGAUAGGUCCAUGUUGGUGAAGGUGACCUCACAUAAUCAAUGACAUGAUAAAAACUAAAAUUCAAAAAGAGAGAUAAGGGAUGAACCAAUUGCAAAUAAUUUUGUGCAAGUCAACAGAUAUGAAACUGUCUUGAUAUGGCCUGGUUACUCGCUUUGACUUCUUUGGCUUUCUAUAUUUUGAACUAAAACUAGCAGGUUGCCAACUAUCUCAUUGAAACAAUUUACACUGGAGAUUAUAUAUAUGUAUAUAGGAAUCUUGGACGGCAACACACCUAUCCCUUUAUGGAUAGACAAGUAAAAUUUUUUAUACAUCAAUUCUUAGGUGUUGCCGCCCAAAAUACCGUGGGCUCUAGCCUAGGAGAAUAAAUUUAUACACAUGUAUCAUUCUAUCAUUCUGCAUGGUAAGCAGACACCUGACUGUUACAACCCCAAAUCGAAAAGAAAAGAGAAACUGAAAUCCAUUAUUCUCUGUUUCUUUCUCAUUAAAAAUAAUUCAUCAGGAUUAUGUCACAUGCAGCAUCAAAAACAAGUUAUCUUAGAAACUCCAACUUGUAUGAUGAAAGAUGACAUACUAUUUCACGCUUGCAUAUUUUAUGACAAUUUUAGAGGAGACUCCUACAACAUUGACAAUAUCAUAACUGAUAAAGCUAUCAAGGCACACGACAUGCAUAUGCAACCUCCUGCAUGUAUUUAAAGGAUUAAAGAACAGUAGAAUAUAAAUUCAACUGAAGUUCAGGAAAGCUUUCAAUUUCAGAUAUAAAUUGUAAACAGACAAACUAAAAUAUUUAAUUUAAAAGGCAAUUGAAAACCGAUGAAAGCAAAGUCAGACUUCUGACAACUAACAGAUCCUGUCGGCACAUUUCACUGGGUUCCCAGUCCUAUAAAGAAAAAGUAAGAAAAAUGGUGGAGCAGGGGGUGCUUGAGAAAACGAGAAUGUGGUGAUUUUGAUUUUAAUGGAUUAUAGCAACAAAACUUCAAAUAAACAAUUCAAAAUUUACAAUUUACUCUGUUUUCUUCUCAAGAAAAGUUGUUGGUUUUCAAAUUGCAGUUCUGUUGAUAUAAAAGACCAUAUAAGUACUGUAGAAGUCAAUCAUGCAUCUAAAACUAAAUUUUCUUUCUAUUCAAUGGACCGUUUUUGUGAAGACUAAGUCAAUAUAUCCAAAUACUAUUUGACUUUUUAAUUGGGGCAUGUUGACAUAAAAAGAACUCAUAAGCAUUCACUGAGAGGUCAAUUAUUCAUCUUCAAUUAUUGGACAGAAUUGUUCAACAAAUAACUCCUAUGCUAUGAUUUACUUCAUUUUUCUUUUGGGCGGGAAACUAUAAUUUGAGAUGGAUGAAUUACCAGUAAGGAGCCAACAACAGUACAGAGGUACGAUUGGACAGAAUUGUUCAACAAAUAACUCCUAUGCUAUGAUUUACUUCAUUUUUCUUUUGGGCGGGAAACUAUAAUUUGAGAUGGAUGAUUUACCAGUAAGGAGCCAACAACAGUACAGAGGUACGAUUGAUGACUUACCCUCUACAAUAAGAUAAUGAAGCUUCGAGAAUGAGAUUGCUUUGGUAGUGGGGUAUAUAACACUUUCUACUUACUAGGUUAAAUAAUGACAUUAUCAAAUUAAACCUUUUGUUAAUAAUCAUAUACUAUCUUCUCUCCUUUCCUUUUCUUUUUUUGGAUAUUUUCUAAUAUAUUAUAUGAAAAGUUCCAAAAUAAAUAAAAUUCACUUCAGAAAAUUUCAAGAACAAUAAAGGGAAGCUAUUGCAAAAGAAAAAAAUAGUAGGAGACAACAGAAUCAAAGAAGAUAUAGUAAAUAAGAGUAGGCCCUACUUAGAGUCAGUAAAGUCCUAAAA